ACAGUAAAAUGGGUCAGGCGUGUGAUGAGCAUGCGGCCUCCGGGCUUCCGUGAUUCCCGCUGCCCUCCACCUUGGCAGGGAGGAGGGGAUUAGCCCACCCCUGGGGUCUGGUCUUCUGAGUCAGGCCCAGGGGAUAGGGCAGUGGUAGGAGAGCUCAGUGGGCAGAGCAGGGCAUGGGGCCCAGUCUUGCUCCCAGUGUGAUCUCUCCAAGUGUCUCGUGCCCCACAUUCACACCGUCCCUGUCUCUGCAUGGGGUCCUUGUCCCCAGCCCACAGUAGGUACAGGAGAGGAGGGGCUGAGGGACAUGGCAGGGGAGAAAAGAGAGCCAGGGUGGGGGCCAGAGGAGGAAGAAUGGGCAUAGGGUGGGAGGGGGGAGUCAGAGCCUGACCUGGAAGGGAGGUGGGCUUCGGCAGGGGUGGGCUGGUGGGCUUGGUGUUGUCUGGCUCUUAAUUCUGGGGAUGAAGCAAUUCUAAGGGAGGAGAGAAGACGAGAUGGGACCCUGGGCUCAGAGGAGGUGCUGGAGCUUCUCACUCAGGGCUGCGUACAAUGUGCGUGGCUGGGGUCUGACACCCCCACAUGAGGGGGUGAAGGGAAGAGAGGCCAGGAGGAAGAUCUAACCUUCCUCCUGGAAGAAGAUGAUGCCUGGCCCUCUUCUCUGGGUCCUUGGAGACCAGGGGACAGGCACGGGCACACUUGUACACGUAUGUGGACACGCAGGUGGGAGUGGGUGGAUGUGGGCACGCAGGCAUGGGAAGGUACAUGCAUCUUGGUGACCAAGUCUGAAGGAGACAGACCCAGGUGGUCAGGCGGCCAGAUUGUGGGGUGGUCAGAAUCCUUCCUGUCCUCCUUGGGGCUGGCACAGCCCAGACACCAGCUCCUUCUGAUAUCACAUCGGCCCAGACCCCUUCCUCUUUGGGAAGCCUUCCCCUCCCCCCCACGAGCUUCCUCUUUCCCAUCACGUCCUCCCUGGGCCUGGAGGGAGUAGACUACCACUCAUUGUCCUGUUUCCGCCCCAGGAGCUACUCCAGGCCAGCCAGGCCCCCAGCGCUCAGCGCUCCCUCUGUCCGCCCUGCCUGUUUGGUGCGCCCGUCCCCCACAGGCCCAGCUUGAUUCUCUCUGUGAAUCCCGCACUACGGCUGCAUCUGGGGGGUAAUCUUCCCCUGUGCAGCCCACGCCAUGGCUGUGUCUGGGCCUGGGAUGCAACUCACAGGUCAUUAGAGCACUGAGUGGGGCAGCCAGCGGUGUUUCUAGAAGCAUAAAAAUACCCCCAACCUGAGGCCCCUCCACCCCACCCCCCUGACUCAGGCAGCACUUCCGCUGCCCUGACAGGAAAUGGGCUGGAGUCUCAGCCUCCCGCCAUCUCAAGGCAACUUCUUGUUUCCCUCUUGCCCUGUGCCAGCACUGGGGUAGUGCCCCUGGGCUCCACCCCCAAAACCUUCCCAGGGCUCUGUCCUGACUCAGAGGGGCCAGGAUGGUGGACAUGAUCGCCAAAGUGACCAGGAGGCAGAGUCAAGCCUUGCGGGCACAGGUGGACGACCCCCCGGAGCCCGUGUACGCGAACAUAGAAAGGCAGCCCCGGGCCACUUCGCCGGGCGCCUCAGCGGCCCCUCUUCCCAGCCCGGUGUGGGAGACGCACACGGACGCGGGCACCGGGCGCCCUUACUACUACAACCCGGACACAGGCGUUACCACCUGGGAGUCGCCCUUUGAGGCUGCCGAGGGCGCUGCCAGCCCGGCCACCUCCCCUGCCUCAGUGGGCAGCCACGUGAGCUUCGAGACCGAGUGGGGCCAGUACUGGGAUGAGGAGAGCCGCAGGGUGUUCUUCUACAACCCGCUGACGGGCGAGACGGCCUGGGAAGACGAGGCCGAAGACGAGCCCGAGGAGGAGCUGGAGAUGCAGCCGGGCCUGAGCCCUGGCAGCCCUGGGAACCCACGGCCCCCCACCCCCGAGACUGACUACCCCGAGUCGCUGACCAGUUACCCUGAGGAGGACUAUUCUCCCGUGGGCUCCUUCAGUGAGCCCGGCCCCACUUCUCCCUUGUCCACACCCCCCGGCUGGUCAUGUCACGUCAGCCAGGACAAGCAGACGGUCUACACCAACCACUUCACCCAGGAGCAGUGGGUGAGGCUGGAGGACCCCCAUGGGAAGCCAUACUUCUACAACCCAGAGGACUCCUCCGUUCGAUGGGAGCUGCCCCAGGUCCCUGUCCCUGCCCCUCGAAGCAUCCAUAAAUCUAACCAGGACAGUGAUACCCCAGCCCAGGCCAGCCCUCCAGAGGAGAAGGUCCCAGCAGAGUUGGAUGAGGUUGGGAACUGGGAGGAAAUCUCUCCUGCCACAGCUGCUGUGAGGACCAAGACCUUGGACAAGGCAGGGGUGCUCCAUCGCACCAAGACGGCAGACAAAGGAAAGCGGCUCCGGAAGAAGCACUGGAGUGCCUCCUGGACGGUGCUGGAGGGUGGCGUCCUGACAUUCUUCAAGGACUCAAAGACCUCGGCUGCAGGCGGCCUGAGGCAGCCUUCCAAGUUUUCCACCCCUGAGUACACAGUGGAGCUGAGGGGGGCCUCUCUCUCCUGGGCCCCCAAAGACAAAUCCAGUAAGAAGAAUGUGCUCGAGCUGCGGAGCCGAGAUGGCUCAGAGUACCUGAUCCAGCAUGACUCGGAGGCCAUCAUCAGCACCUGGCACAAGGCCAUUGCCCAGGGCAUCCAGGAGCUGGCUGCGGAAAUCCAGUCCGCAGAGCUGCCUCCUGAGGAGGAGAGCGAGAGCAGCAGCGUGGACUUCGGGUCGAGUGAGCGCCUGGGAAGCUGGCAGGAGAAAGAGGAAGACGCGCGGCCGAGUGCAGCUGCGCCCGCCCUGGGCCCCGGGGUUCUGGAGAGCGACUUGAGCAAGGUCCGGCACAAGCUCCGCAAGUUCCUCCAGAGGCGGCCCACACUGCAGUCGCUGCGGGAGAAGGGCUACAUCAAAGACCAGGUGUUCGGCUGCGCGCUGGCCGCGCUGUGUGAGCGUGAGAGGAGCCGAGUGCCGCGCUUCGUGCAGCAAUGCAUCCGCGCCGUCGAGGCCCGCGGUCUGGACAUCGACGGGCUGUACCGCAUUAGUGGAAACCUGGCCACCAUCCAGAAGCUGCGCUAUAAAGUGGACCACGAUGAGCGCCUCGACUUGGACGAUGGGCGCUGGGAGGACGUCCACGUUAUCACCGGUGCCCUGAAGCUCUUCUUUCGGGAGCUGCCCGAGCCCCUCUUCCCCUUCUCGCACUUCCGCCAGUUCAUUGCCGCCAUCAAGUUGCAGGACCAGGCCCAGCGCAGCCGCUGUGUACGCGACCUGGUGCGCUCGCUGCCCGCCCCCAACCACGACACAUUGCGGCUUCUCUUCCAGCACCUCUGCCGGGUGAUCGAGCACGGCGAGCAGAACCGCAUGUCGGUUCAGAGCGUGGCCAUUGUGUUCGGGCCCACGCUGCUGCGGCCCGAGGUGGAAGAGACCAGCAUGCCCAUGACCAUGGUCUUCCAGAACCAGGUGGUGGAGCUCAUCCUGCAGCAGUGCUCCGACAUCUUCCCGCCGCACUGACGGCGGGCCUGGGACUGGGGCGGCGGCCGCAGUCCUGCCACACCAGCUGGGCGGCGGAGGCCGCGAGCCGGGCCUCCUUCUCUCUGGGACCCUCCCCCAGCGCACUGCCGCAGGCCGAUGUGACUUCUGUACCCUCGAUUCUGAGGGUACGGUGACCCCUAGUGGGCACUUCGCAAAAUGUGAUUUACACCCCACCCCCGACCCCGCUCCGCACGUCCUGUUUUGGGAUUAAUUAGGUUUUUUUUUCUGUGGCAUCGCGCCUACUGUGCGUGUGCGAUAGCGUGUGUGGGGGUGAGAGUUUGUUCUGGAAUGGUGGGUGCUGGGAGGAGGAGCUUGGUGGGGGGCUUCCUGGCUGCUUCUGGUGGGCACCUCAUGGAGGCCUUCGCAGAGACCCUGUGGGUCCUGGCCCUGUGCGGGCACUGUGCCAGUUAUGGGGCAGCUGUGACCACUGCCCCACUGUAGAAUCAGGACUGACCUAGCCUCCAGCGGGCGGCUGAACCUGCCCUUCUUAGGCCUCAGGGAUGACCUCCUGCCUGGGCCUCUGGCAGGCUGGCUGUGGGCCAGUUUCAUCUGCUUUCCUGUUGGGGGUCCUGGGCCUCUGCUGCCCCUGACCCACUGGAGUUCUGCACAAGGCUUCAUCCUGUUCACCACAUGCACACCUGGCGUCCUGCUCGACAUGGCCAGUUCCACACACAAUCCCGUUUUACAGACGGGGACACUGAGGCCUGGAGCGACACUGUGGCUUGCUCAAGGCCCAGUGAGUGAUCUCACUCCCCAGAAAAGGCUCCUCCCACACCAGAGUGCAGCCUGGAUAAGGGGAAAUCAGUCCUUUCAGAUACCACCCCUCUGACCUUUGGGCCUAUGCCAGAACUAAACUGGGUGUGUUCCCUCUGGACCCGAGGAGGCCCCUGAAGGCAAAAAAGGAGCCUGCCACAGCUGUCUUGUCCUGGGGGAAGGGGACAGAGCCCCAGCAGGAGCUAGCCCCUCUUGGCACUCUGACAGUCAGGUAUGCCCAUGUGGGGCCCACUUUGCCAUGAAGAGCUGGGCAGGCCUGCAGGGUGUGGGGAAGGUGGAUACAACCUCAAAAAAGGAAGCGUGAACCCCAGGGGGCAGCAGCCCCCUCAGACACAAGCCACCUCCUCAGACACAAGCCACCUCAGCUUGCGGCUCUUGGCCCCCAGCCCCACCCACCCACCUGUUCAUUUAUGCAGCAGACAAUGACAGCUGAUAUUUAUUGGAAUUUGCAUCGUGCCAAGCAUUUUGCCUGGAUUAUCCCAUUUGUUUCUCACAGCCGGUAUUUAUUGUCUGCUCUUCUGUGCCAGGCACUGUGCUCUGGGCAGGGGCACGUCGAGGGCCGCCCGCCCUGGUGGAGCUUAUGGUCUGAUGGGUGAGGCUGACCCAAGCCCACCCCAUUGCCAGCAGGGCCAGGGCAAGAGUACACACACGGAGGCCUCAUACCAUAUGUCUAAAUAUUUAAAAGUUAUCAAUCAAGCUAACAACUGUUAAAUAAAAUAUGUUCUAUUCUCCUACUUU